AUGCAGUUAUCGAGUGCCAAGGAUAAAAAUCUGGUGGAGAGUGAUAUGACUUUUUAUGGGUUUAUUGAAGAGAUUUGGGAGCUCGAUUAUCAUGAUUUCAAAGCUUCCUUGUUUUUGUGUCAAUGGGCAGAGAAUGAAAAAGGAAUUAAACAAGAUGAGUUUGGUUUCACAUUAGUCAACUUUAAUCGGCAAGGCCACAGAAAUGAUAAAUUUGCUUCUGCUGGUCAAGUGAAACAAGUUUUCUACAUUGAAGAUCCCCUUGAUGUUGACUGGUCCGUUGUGCUAACGACCCCGAACAGAGAUUAUCAUAAUUCUUUCCAUGACGAUGAUCUAGGGGACACCAUCAUGGAAGUACAACCAUUCUGUGUAGAAAUUCCAUAUUGUGAGGAAGAUGAGAAUGAGAAUGAUUCCACUUACAUAAGAGCGAAUGUUGAGGGGUUUUGGGUAGCAAUGGGUUCCAAGAAGGGAAUUCGCAAAUCUCCAAGAGGCAAAAAAUCAAAGAAAAAGAAAGAUGAGGAGACUUUUCAACCUGAGACUGAUGAAGUGCUUGAAGAAAAAGACGAUUCUGUAUCAGCCAACACUGUCACGAGCACUGAAUCAGCUGCUGCUAGAGGGAAGCGAAAUGUGGUUGCCAUGUACAAGGUCUUGGUCAAGAAAGCUUUGGGAAAAAAGUUUAAAGUGACAUACACCGACACGGGCAAUCUAAAUGGAUCAAUAAGGCACACUCUACAGUCUUAUAUAGGAAUGUUGGCGCGGACUAAGGUGCCCAUCAACAUUGUAAGCUGGCGCGACGUGGACGGUGACUUGAAGAAUAAACUUUGGCUCGAUGUUAAGGAUACAUUCAAGGUCGCCCCUGAAAGUAAGAAACUGGUAUUGACAUCUGCUGGCACUAAAUGGAGAGCAUUCAAGACCAUGUUAACAAGAAAAUAUGUGCUCCCAUACUUGGGAAAGAAGAAGAAGUUGAGAAAGCCACCAAGUCAAUAUGCAUUUGUUGGGAGGCAGCCAUGGAGGCAAUUUGUGAAAGAGAGGACUACCGAGAAAUGGCUGGAACUACAUAAUAAACAAAGUGAAAGAGUUCGGAAGAGAAAAUAUCAUCAUCGAUUAUCAAGAAAAUGAUAUAUUGGACUAGAAGAGGAGCUG